AUGGUUUCCAUGUCGGAGGAUUCCCCCACAACCCAGGGCCAUGCACGGCUGCAUAAAACCUCACCCGCAGAGUCCAAGUCUACCCAACUUGCCAAACCAACCAGCACAAGUAUGUUUGCACAGAGAUAUGGCGGUUUCGCUCUGAGGGCGCGGCAUUUUUCGAAAUGUGCGAUUCGUCGGAGCAUGCUACAGGCUAGUCACCAAGCCACGAAUCCAGGUCUCGAGAAAGACGAUAGAGAUUUCACAGGACAGCUCAACGUGAUUGAUCCAGAAAGUAUACCCAAGAUCAAGACAUACAGACUACUUGAUUUAGAGGGCAAUCUUCUGGAUCCGGAUUAUAAAGUGCCGUUCACUCGCGAAGAGGCGACUAAAAUUUACCGCGACAUGGUCACCAUCAGCAUCAUGGACCAGAUCAUGUAUGACGCUCAACGCCAGGGCCGCUUGAGUUUCUACAUGGUUUCAGCUGGUGAGGAAGGAAUCUCUGUUGGCAGUGCUGCUGCAUUGAAACCUGACGAUCAGAUCUUUUGUCAGUAUCGCGAGCAAGGUGUUUUACUCCAUCGGGGCGCUACACUUAAAGAGCUGAUGUCUCAGCUUUACGCCAAUGCGGACGAUCCUGCUCGAGGUCGAAUGAUGCCAGUGCACUAUCAAAAUGCCCGGAUCAACGUGCAUCCCAUCUCCAGCCCCCUGACUUCACAGCUGCCUCACGCGGCCGGCGCGGCUUAUGCGUUGAAAAUGAGCGGCACCCCGGCCAUUUCGAUGUGCUAUUUCGGUGACGGUGCUGCUUCUGAAGGUGAUUUCCACGGUGCACUGAACAUUGCGGCCACUCGCAAUUGCCCCGUUGUAUUCUUUUGCCGCAACAAUGGCUAUGCCAUCUCAACACCCACCGAGGAACAGUUUCGCGGCGACGGCAUUGCCAGCCGUGGUGCAGGCUACGGGAUUCCCGCCAUUCGCGUUGACGGCAAUGACCUUUUUGCCGUCCACCGUGUGACUGCUAUGGCACGUGAAAUGGCCGUCAAAGAGCAGCGCCCCGUGCUGAUUGAGGCCAUGUCGUACCGAGUUUCUCACCACUCCACGUCUGACGACUCAUUUGCAUAUCGUUCGCGUACGGAGGUCGAGAAUUGGAAGCGCCAUGACAACCCGAUUUCUCGCAUGCGCAAGUGGAUGGAGAAGCAGCAGUGGUGGUCCGACGAAGACGAGAUGUCUGCGAGACACGAGCUGCGCAAGGACAUCCUGCGCGAGUUUUCUGCGGCCGAAAAAGUAAAGCUCCCUGAAAUCAAGCAUGUGUUCACGGACGUCUGGGCCGCGGCGCCUGCCAUCUUAAAGGAGCAGCAAGAAGAGCUCAAGGAGUUCCUUGGCCGCCACAAGGAGGAAUACAAUUUGGACAAGUACGAAAAUGGUAUCAAUGGCUUGUGA